AUGCCAUCCGAGGCUCUCACGAAAUUUGGGACGGAGGUGAUCGCAUCAGCUCUACUGAGUGCUAAGCACUUUUCAUAUGCCACGUUUUGGCCCCUUGUAAAACAUGUUCAGAAAUGGGGAUCUGAAUCUGUCUCUCUUUAUGCCCAGGCGACUCGAAUAUUGAUCAAUCUCGGUCAAUCGAAAGCAGCCGUCGUGCUUUACAGGCAAGCUCGAGAAAGUCCAAAAAAAAACCUCAUGCUUCCAAGGUCCAUGUUGCACUCCGUACUACAAAUAUUUUUCAAGAAUCACGAUUUGAUCGGAAUUCAAGAAGUAUUCACGGAUAUAUUCCGCUUCAAUCAGAACCUGGAUCGGAAUUCGUACAGGAGAUGCAUGGACGAAUUCGCACGCCACGGAGAUGCCGACACCGUCCAUGCAAUGUUUGAACAGUUUGCAGAGCGAUACAUGCGAUUAGAAAGUCAGUCGGCAACGGCCCCUAAUCCUUUGGCAUCGGCUGACGAUAUGGCCCCACUCCUACAUGUUCACGCAAGGCGAGGAGAGUAUGAACGAGUAGUCGAAAUAUUCAAAAGUAUUCGACAAAAAUAUCGCCUUAAACCGACCAUAAUAUGUUGCAACAUUCUCAUUAGUGCUUAUGCACAGGUUAGCAAAUAUGAUAAUGCUUUUGAAACCUUUGAAUAUACUGUCAACAAACGAAAUCUUCAGCCUGAUGACUACACUUUUGGAACUCUGAUGGGCAUGUGUGCCUCACGUGGUGAUCUUGAGAACACUAUCGAACUGUAUCGGAUGUCUGCUUCUUAUGGUGUUGAAAAGAGCGCUGCUAUGGUUAGCACACUAGUCACUGCUUAUUUAGCAUGCGAUCGAUUGGGAGAAGCAGAAACUAUCUGUGAAGAGGCCGUGAACUUGAAUUUUAAGGAUUCACGAACUCGUAUGUGGAAUUCCUUGCUUGUUGCUUGGGCAUUGCGAUAUGACCUCGUCAACGUCAAUCGAAUCCUUCAAAGGAUGUCUCAGCUUGACAUAGAACAUAACGGUGAUACGUAUGCCGCCCUUAUGCAAGCGCUGUCUAUGGUCGGCCAACCAGAACGUGCGUGGGAGAUUUUAGUAGAGGUUAUGCCGGAAGCUGGUAUACCCACCACUAGUCUUCAUUAUGCAAUCGUUAUGGGUGGUUUUCUUGCUACCCACCGUUACGACGACGUUUUCCGAGUUCAGAAUCGAAUGCUUGAGCAGAAAAGGAUGAAGAAUGCAAGCACAAAAUUCAUGGAGUUAAGAAGUGCAAUUCACGAAGCUAGGCGUAGGUGGGGAGAUGCACAAGGUGCCAUGGAGAUUUUCGAACAAGUUGUUGGAACAAUGAAUCCUCGCGAUCUUAGCGAUAAAGUCAGGAAAGGUAUCCAGCACGAGCCACUCGAUAUUGCUUAUCCUGCCACUUGUUUUGGAUACAUUAUAUUUGUUCUUUCCAAAAAUAUGGAAACAAAUUCCGCCAAGGAUAUGCAUCAACGCUUCCUGAGAAUGCUUCCAGAAGACAGAAGAGGCAUACAACCCCAGAGUAUUACUACUGCUUUAAUGUCAUUAAAACUUCAAGAACUAGAUUAUGGCGCCGUGGAGGAUCUGUGGAUGCAGUUCUUGUCUGAUAUUCGAACGCGGCACCAACCCCUCCGGCUUCCAGGCUCGCUAUCUCGUAUAGAUGAUCCUGAAAAGGCAGAAAUGGCCGAAGAUGAUGUCGAUCACUCUUCUAAAGAGGGUAAAGGGGGUGGUUCAAAAGAUACAAAACUAGACACGCAGGAGAACAAAGAACAAAUCAUGGCUGCACAUAGGUUUGCUUUGGCAAAGGCAUUACACUUCUACAUGAUAGCUCUUCUGAGGCAGGGGAAGAUCAACAUUAUGAUACGAACUGUCAACGAGAUCACGGAUCUUGGAUUUCAAUUGAGUAAUCAAAAUUGGAAUGAGUACAUUCAACAUCUCGCCAGGGCUCGCCAUUUCAAGCUAGCAUUCAAGACAUGCGAAUCCGUUCUUAUGGAGAAUUGGAAGGGUUGGGCUAAGUUAAGAGCUCAAACUAGUGAGAAAAACAGACUACCACUAGAAAUCAGAAGGAAGGGCAAGUUGUUGACGUCUUUACGUCCAGAAUACCGCACUUUUUUGCAUCUCACAAGAGGUUUCCUCAGUAUACAAGCCAUGGCUGCGGAAUCAAGGGCUAAUCGACUUCUACUUAAUGACCUGGAGCAUGAUUGUUCAAGGACACUGACAGCUAUCAAGACAAUGGUUAAAGCAGGGGAUUCUUUAGAGUGGGAGAUUUUGGGAGAGUGA